ACGACCCCACUCCGUUCGACACACAAGAGGCGCGGCGCAGACGAGACAGGGACAAUACCUUUGAAUACGUUACACUUGCACAGUUUCACGAACAUUAUUUUGCGAUAAUCAAAGUUUUUACACAAUGCGAGAUGAUUACGACUUUAAUAUUAAGUUUUGUGAACUUGUAGCAAGUUGUUCCGUUAUUUAUGAUCACGAUAGGCCUGACUAUCUUAACAGACAUGUUCAAGAGCAAGCGUGGCAAGCUAUUGCGAAAAAACUUAAAGAAAACGUAAACGAUUGCAAAGAACGUUGGAAAAACAUAAGAAAUAGAUAUUGCAAAUACCGAAAGUCACUAUUGAAUUCAUCGAAUUCUGGCGCAAAAACAGUCAGAGAAUACUACCUCGCCCCGCAUUUACAUUUUCUUGACAAGUAUUUGAAGUCACGCCGUCCGAAAUCAAGGCAACCAGCAGACAAUGUAUCAGAAAGUGACGUUGAUAACGAAGAAUCCAAUAUGUCUCCUUUUCGUUCUCCAUCAAGCGAAAUGAUAUGCGUACCUGGCUUAAUACAUUCGCCCUUGUCAACGCCCUCAAGUCCAAAGACAAAAGUCGCUUUGACAGAUGUCAGUUUGACAGAUGUCAAUCAAUCUUUUGAUUACUUUCCCACGAAGAGAAUUAAAGUUGGCAAUGCCAAUGAGGUGAUUGAUGAGGACUUGUCAUUCCUGCAUAGUUUGCUAAGUGACAUAAAAGCAUCAAUGAAUCCUUCGCAGAAACGUAAGUUCAAGAUAGGGGUUAUGCAACUGGCGGAGAGUAUAUUGGAGGGCUCGGCGUCUGCGAGGACGUCAGAACAGGACGCUGCAACUUUUCUAUCGAAAUAUGAAGUCAAUGAAUAAAUAAGUUACGCCCAAUU